AUGGCCGGCGCCGCCCCUUCCUCCUCACCGUGGCCCUGCUCGCGUUGCACGUUUCUCAACCCCCCGUCUCGGUUGUUCUCCUGUCUAGUCUGCCUCUCCCCUUCUUCCGCAUCGGCCGCCGCUGUCUCGUCAUCCUCUCCGCCGAGGUGGUCCUGCAGAGCUUGCACCUUUGACAAUCUGGCGGGACUCCACUCCUGCGAGGUGUGCGGGACCACGCCGGCCCUCACCUCCACCAUCCUCGUUGAUGACGGCGCCACCUUGGUGGAGGAACCCUCCUCUGGCCCUGAUGCAAAUCCUCCGGUGGGCCCCUCAGUCGGCUCCGUCUUCCAGCUCCGCCGCUGCGGUGAUAAGCGUGAUCUUGACGCCGAAACCUGCGUCUCCAUGGACGACCACCGCUCGCGAGAGAAGCUCGCAAGGAAUGAAGCCGGCUCCAUUCCAGUCGGUGCGCCUUCAUUUUUUGUCCGCAUUCUAUCUUCAUUCCCUCUUUCUUCCGCGAUACUAAUAAUGUAUGUCUUUUCUAUCUGAUAUUCAUGAGAAUGUGUUUUCCGUUUCUAACUCCCGCUUCAAGGUGCCAAAGAAGACUAGGGUUUGCGAUUAGGGCCGGAGUCCGGAUGUUCUUGCUCGCAUUUUCUUUCCACCCACAUUUCCUCGGUUCUUUACUCGGAUACCUCUGUCGAAGGAGACCCAUUCUCUGACAUGAACAUGAUUUCUUCGUCGUAGUGUUUGAGGGUGCGACAUGUAAAAGAUCAGUAAGCCCAUCCGACGAAGAACUUGUCUGAAACUCCCUUCGGAAACGAAUCCUGUGACAAGGACGUUGGUGCGAAUCCUCAGUCAUCUCUUCUGUCUUUGAAAUCUAUCGAGCCUUUCAGAGAAUAUUUGACGGCUAUGGACAAUGAAUGAACCAACCCGCUGAACUCUUUCUGCAUUCUGGGUUCCAAUAGUUUUGGUGCAUUAUUUUCUAUCUCAUAUAAUUUUCUCGAUCACUUGUGGUGUAAUCUCGGCAUGUGAUACAGAGGAUGCGGAGCUUGGGUCAAGGUCAGCACCCAAUACUUUGAAAGUCUUGAGCUAUAAUGUCUGGUUUCGUGAAGACUUGGAACUGGAGGAGAGAAUGAAUGCUCUCGGGCGCCUCAUUCAGCAGCAUUCUCCAGACAUAAUCUGUCUCCAGGUCCCAUUUUUCUUUUCUCCCCGUAAUCAUACCAAAUAAUUCUUUCGCCCCUGAACAGCUAUCGUAGCCUUCGUUGUGCAGGAAGUCACCCCCAAUAUCUACAAGAUUUUCCAAGCGUCCAGUUGGUGGAAGAGUUACGAAUGCUCUGUUCCUCGGGAGAUGGCCGCCAUGAGAGUAUAUUUUUGUAUGCAGGUUAAGCAUCAAAAUCCUCUUCUCCGCGUCCCCCUGUUUCUCUGCUUAUUUCACCGAUUAUGUUGCGUUCUCAUUCCGCAUCUCGUGCCUGGAAUAUCGUCGACGUCUUUUUAUCUUGGUUUUCCCUGCUCACUAGAGUUCUUCCUUCUGAUCUGGCACGCGCUUAACAUUCUGAACCAUCGGAAAGCUGUCAAUGCCUGGGCCAUGGCCUGGUGCGGGCUAAGUUCUCAUCAGCAGAUUUCUACUAGUCCCCAGGUUUUCGAUUUUUCUAAAAUCCAGGGCAAUUUAAUGCGCCGACCUGUUCUUGUCGACGAUAUUAGAUGGAAGCAAAUGAGGUGAGUUGAGUCGGCUGGUCAACCUUGUUGUCGGUCAGUUCUCAUCACACCCUUUUUCUCCCAAGAAAUUCUGGUAAAAUAUCAAAACGUAGAAAAAUCUAAGGCACGCUUUGGAUAGCCCGUGUAGAUGUGCUUUAAAUAGAGUUCUAAUGAAGAGGCGUUGAUAGGAAAAUCUAGCAAAGAAAGGAAUCGUGGACUAGAUUUCGUUCCAAGUGUGGCAAAUUUUGCUAUUCCAAGUGAGGUUUGUAGUCUACUAUUUAUUUGUCAUUCCUGGGUCACCAAGCUUAUUAGGUUCAACUGGAACUCAUGCAAAGGUCAGUUUUUGUAAGGAAAGAAAGAAGAGAGAAAAAGGGUGUUUUUAUAGCUCGAAAAUUCUGCCCAUUUCGAUUGGAAUGUUAAAUCUCCUUCACCAUUCUUCUCUCGGGUGUUCUCUCAUCGCUCUAGUUUUGCUCUCAGAUGAGUAAGCUGCCGGUGAAAGCAUUCAAAUGCCAGCCAUUCGGCAACUCCAUAAUGGGGCGAGAGCUCUGCAUCGCCGAUAUCGACAUUGGAGCCGGCAAGAUCCUCGUCGUAGCCACAAGCCAUCUCGAGAGCCCCUGCCCGGGGCCUCCCAAGUGGGAUCAAAUGUACAGCAAGGAGAGGGUGGCUCAGGCAAAAGACUCCGUUCAGAUGCUCGGCAGAGCACGAAAUGCCAUCUUUUGCGGCGAUAUGAACUGGGACGAGAAGCUCGACGGUGCCUUCCCGGCCCCGGCGGCGGCGGGCUGGACCGAUGCCUGGGCGGAGCUGAGGCCAGAGGAGAAUGGCUGGACUUAUGACACCAAGUCUAAUCCGAUGCUAUCGGGGAAUCGGGCGCUCCAGAAAAGGGUGGAUCGCUUCAUCUGCAACUUGCCCGACUUCAAGAUCGUCGGCAUCGACAUGAUCGGGCUGGAGCCGAUACCCGGUCUUUCUUACUUGAAGGAGAAGAAGGUCAGGAAGGAGAUGAAGACUAUUGUGCUCCCGGUCUUGCCGAGUGAUCACUACGGGCUGUUGCUGACGGUCCAGAGUAUGUGA